GGAUUAUUUGAAAGCAAUUUAUAAAAGUGUUAUUCCGCAUUUUAGCGCCUCCUAGUACCGUAUGGACUGUUGACACAGAAUGAAGUGGAUUAUUGUGCUUACGGUGCUAGUGUCACUGUUGACACUACAAGCUACCGCCGCUAGCGAGAAGAAGCCCGAGAAACGACCUACCAAGAAAGCAAGCUCGGCAAAACCUACUAAAACACCAAAAUCCAUCGUCGAAGAGUUCACCGGCCUACCGCCGGAUGAUAUCGACUUCAUCAAGGAGCUGGAUCGACAGUUCAACGAGCAUGGCAACAAGAUACGCAUCAAGAUCCAGCGAGACAACAGUACCGGUAUUAAGAGCGUUAAGCGUACUAUAGACGGUGAUCUGGGUUAUGGGCACUACAGCAACCAGCCCGAAGGAGGGUAUCAUUUUUCCAAGCCGAAAUUUAUGUUAUACCCUUACGCCCAUCACAACAGUCCAGUGAAAGCAACGCACACUAGCGAAGAAACAGUCACCGAACUUGAAAUAACGCCGUCACACAGCUACGAACUGAAACCAAUUGAGGAAGUUUAUCAAAUCUAUCCAACGAAUUAUCAUCAAGAACAACAGUACUAUCAGCAUCAGCAGCAACAACAACAGCAUCAGGAUAGUCCCGUUAUUGUUCUGAAGAUCCCUGGACCCGCCAAAUAUGCUCAGCAUUUGCAGGCACUGCUUCAGCAAUACCUAGAGAUACGAGCAGCCCAAUUAUAUAAGGAGCUUCAAGAGCAAGAAUUCCAACACCAACAACACGCUAUCGAACUGCAUCAGCAAAAAUUAAUUCAGCAGCAGCAACAAUAUUACCAUCCUCAACAACCGCAGCAUCAAAAUCAACACCAGACGCAGCACGUGCAGACAACAAAAUAUAGUCAACCGGACCCAUAUCAGCAAUCGCAGGAAGAAUAUGUACCAGUAUACAAACCCAGUCCGUUUGUUCCAGUACAUGGUCACUAUUACGAAUCGCCUAAACACCGACCAACACAACCAUCCUACCGUAAACCAGUAGUCAUUCCAACACACAUCGCUUACCACAGCUCUCCUGAACCAGACAACCAAGCUUAUCAAUACGAAACCUACCACCAGCAUCAAGAAUCUCCGCAGCACCAAGCACAUAUUCAAUACCAGUACAUACACCAAGAGCAACAACCUCCCAGUGCUCCGGAAGAACAUCAUCAACAAUACGUGUAUCAAAAACCUCUACUCAAUUUUGUCACUCCCAUCCCGGACCAGGAAGAACCCUCAGAGCACUACCAACCUCCUCCCAAAUAUCAAAACUUUGCCCAGUACCACGCUCAUCAUCAACCUGCUCAUCAGGAGGGCGAAGAAUACCUCCCGGAACCGAAACUGGUCGAAAACUACCCCAGCGAUAAACACACGCGAGUCGUCUACAAAUCCCAAUCCCUCAAAACCCACCUUCAGCAAGCAUCCCACGAGCAGCAAGAGUACGCAAUUCACCACCACCAGCAAGAACAACCGGAGGACCACGGACAACAGCAGUACCUCUACCAAACGAUCUAUUCCGACCAAGCCCUGGAAGAUAAAUCAUUCCACGAACCGGUAACACCCGAAGCAAUCAACGAUUUGCACAGUCAUGCUUCCUCGCCUGCACCGGACAUCGAACCCCGAUACAACGAGGAAGCCGUCGUAGCGAUCACGCAGAAACCCAAACGGCUUUACAAUUACCAUGCAGGCCCUUCGCGAUCCCACCGGAUGCAUGCGACCAGAUCUGCCAGCAACAAAAGUGACACCAGCGGCAGCAAUGUUAGCAACAGUGACACUAGCAACGAACCCAGUUCAAAAACAAGCACAGCAACGAAGGCUUCCAACAAACGGGAUGCCCCCUACACUGAGGAACAGUUCAAAAAGAUCAACAAAAUGGUGCAUCGGAUCAAGAAAAAAAGUCAAAGCGUAUCGACGACCGCCCGAAGUGUGGCGAGUACAAAAAAGAGUCAGUGAUGGCUGAGCAACGGCUGGUAGUAGAUUUGUUGUAUUUAGUCGUCCCCAAAACAGUUUGUAGGAUGUUUUAUUUAAUUUGUUAGUAUUUUAAUUAAACGCAAACAGAACACAGAAGCUAGAAUUUAGUGGAGCUGUUCUUACCAAGGAUGCCGCCAUAAUGUGAUUUUUGGAAACUGUUUUUUUGUUGAAUCGAGAGUAUAGGAAAAUAGUUGUUCAGCUUCAGAAGCAGUUUCCACAAUAGAUGUUCGAAUUUCGAAACGAUGUGUUCCAUUUUCGAAAUGAGUUAAAAGGCAUCAAUGUUUGAAGCAACUGACAGAACAUUGCGUGAUGAAGCAAUCAAGCAAUAUAAUGACAGUUCCGCGAGCUUUUUUAUAAGGUGUUUUCAAAGGCAAUGUAAACAAGCUCUCUGAACAGCUAAAAGUGAGGUUUAACAGUUUUAUGGAAUGUUCUAUUGGUACGUGUUUAGGCCAUUCGAUAGUAUGGAAACAUAGUGAAUUUUUCAUCAUAGUCAGAUGUUUGAGUUAUCGACCAAGCUGGGUCAGCAAUGUGUAUUUGUAGAUAUAGAUA